AAAAUAUAAAUUAAAAUGACAGCUGCAACAAGUAAAUUAAUGCUCAAGAGCAUGCCCUGCACCAUGAGCGAAUUCGGUGACUUAAUUCAAGAGCUAAGCCUGAUCACACCGCGUUCGCUGAACGCGUUCGGUCGCCGCCGCAUGUUAAUUGAAUAUGCAGACGCUGCCGAAGCACAGACGGCGCUUGAACAGCUGUUGGGGCUCAGCGAUAUACUGGACAAACCGUUGCGCGUCUGCCCCUUUGGACCGCGAGAUCCAAGUGAAGCUGCGGCCAAGCCCCGCACAGCAAACAAAUGCACCCAAGCCAAGACAGCUUCCAAUGCGAAGAACUCGACACCGACGCUACAGCCAGAAAUCAACAAACAACUGGGCCUGAUUGACACAUUGUAUGUGGACGGCGCCCAACCUGAUCCUGCCAACGAAUUGGACGACUUGCACAACGAGGGCGAUCUAAGCAUCAACGGUGCCACCGAAGCCACAGCCACAGCUCCCGUCAAGACAAAGAAAUCGCGAAAAUCCAAACAGUUGGCAAUGCAGCCCUUCACCUAUGUGAUUGCCGUUGACUUUGAGGCCACGUGUUGGGAGAAACAGGCGCCACCCCAAUGGCGUGAAGCCGAGAUCAUAGAAUUCCCAGCUGUGCUGGUUAAUCUGAAGACGGGCAAAAUCGAGGCCGAGUUCCACAAGUAUGUGAUGCCAAUUGAGUCGCCUCGCUUGAGCACAUACUGCACCGAGCUGACGGGCAUAGAGCAAAAGACUGUUGACACUGGCGUCCCACUGCAGACGGCACUGAUGAUGUUCCAUGAGUGGAUGCGCAAAGAGUUGCGGGCUCGAAACCUGUUGCUGCCCAAAAUGCACAAAUCCAAUAUACUGGGCAACUGUGCAUUCGUCACAUGGACCGACUGGGACUUUGGCAUCUGUCUGCACAAGGAGUGCACUCGCAAACGGAUGCGCAAGGCACCGUAUUUCAAUCAGUGGAUCGAUGUGCGUGCCGUGUAUCGCGAGUGGUACAAGUAUCGGCCGUGUAACUUCAGUGAUGCCCUUUCCCAUGUGGGUUUGUCAUUUGAGGGACGCGCACAUUCGGGGAUCGAUGAUGCCAAGAAUCUGGGUGCGCUUAUGUGCAAAAUGGUUAGAGAUGGAGCGCUCUUCUCCAUCACCAAGGAUCUGACGCCAUAUCAGCAGCUGAAUCCCAACUGUGUAUUGUGAGCCAGCUGAGCGAGCGAGAACUCCCUCCAAAGCAAAAACAAAACAAAAAAAAAGAAAAUAAUAAAAUAAAUGCACUUAGUUACUGACUUUUAAUAAUAUUAAUUGUACGAAUGCGAUGCGAUGUGGCUCUAUGGGCAAUAUAUCGACGAUAAACGA